CCCGUAGACUGAGGACCGCUUCUUCGCUUGUUCGCUGGACAGGAAGCGAAAAUGUCGGAACGGAAAGUUUUAAACAAAUACUACCCACCUGACUUUGACCCAUCGAAGAUCCCGAAACUCAAGCUACCCAAGGACCGGCAGUAUGUGGUGCGUCUGAUGGCCCCCUUCAACAUGAGGUGUAAGACGUGUGGAGAAUACAUCUACAAGGGGAAGAAGUUCAAUGCACGAAAGGAAACAGUCCAGAACGAGGCUUACCUGGGCCUGCCAAUCUUCCGAUUCUACAUCAAGUGCACGCGCUGCUUGGCCGAGAUCACCUUCAAGACGGACCCAGAGAACACGGACUACACCAUGGAGCACGGGGCCACGCGCAACUUCCAGGCGGAGAAGCUUCUGGAGGAGGAGGAGAAGCGCGUGCAGAAGGAGCGAGAGGAUGAGGAACUGAACAACCCCAUGAAGGUCCUAGAGAACCGGACGAAGGACUCCAAGCUGGAGAUGGAAGUGCUGGAAAACCUGCAAGAGCUGAAAGACCUGAACCAGCGGCAGGCGCAUGUGGACUUUGAGGCCAUGCUGCGGCAGCACCGCAUGUCUCAGGAGCAGUGGCAGCAGCAGCAGGAGGAGGAAGACGAGCGGGAGACAGCGGCCUUGCUGGAGGAGGCUCGCCAUCGAAGGCUUCUGGAGGACUCUGAGUCAGAGGAUGAGGCGCCACCUUCCCGACCACGGGCAGCUGCAAGACCCAACCCCACAGCCAUCCUCAACGAGGUACCGCAGACCAAGAGGAAGGCAGAGGCCCUGUGCAGUAAAGCACAGUUGGCAGGCUUAGUUGUACCAAAGAAGGUAAAGACAGAAGCCAACGGCGCCUCAGAGCAGGUCGGGGUGCCCACCGCCGCAGGUGCCCCCAAGAGCAGGAAGGCGGACAACCCUACACCCCAGACACCUGGCACGUCCUCCCUGAGCCAGCUGGGUGCAUAUGGGGACAGCGAGGACAGCGACAGCUGAGUGUCAGUGAUGCCCACCGUGGUCUCAUAGACCCAAGAAAUGAGGAGGAGAUGGGAUCAAGCAAGCACCUUCAGCAAAGGCCUCGGGACCAUCUCUGCCAUGGCCUGGCAGUGUACGGAGAAGCAGUGUCCCCAGGCACCCCAGGACAGACAGCCUGGCCCUCUCCUUCAGUCCUUGAGUUGUGUGGAGCCUGUUGGCCGGUCCCUUCCUGCCACAGAUCAGAACACAGUCUGACUUGGGGGGGGGGGGCAGGGACCCUAUCUCCCUAGCACCAUCUCCCAACAAUACACAAGGCCUGGGGCUCCAUCCGAAUGCAA